AUGAUCUCCGGCCGCUCUGAAGCUCCCAUCCUGGCCCCUCUCCCCGACUCGACCACCGGCGUUCUCCCCGUCCUCCCGCCGGGAGUCGAGCUGCCUGAUCGCCAUCCUCGAAACAAUGCCGCGACAGCAGCUUCGGCGGCCGGAGUGCGGGCUCUCAGUGCACAGGUCGUUGCCUUUUACUUCCGUGCUCCGGCAAAGUCCUUCUUCCGCACCCGAGUCGACUAUCUAGCGUAUGCCCGGACGAUUCACCACCAGCAGACGAAGAAGCUGAUGCAGGCUGUUGCGGAAGAUGCAUCGCCGUCGAGGUUGGUCGCGGCACUCCGACAGACAUGGCUGUGGAUGCGGAGCACAACUCCUGGCGUUUUGACGUCGGCAAUCCGACAUGAAGGCUGGGGCAUUGUGCCGCACCAGAUCAUGCCGCCGUUGAUCGCUAACAUUGGCGUCAACGCGGUGCUGUACACGGGAUAUCUGCAGAUCCUGGGCCGUCUGCACGAGGAAAGCUCCAAGGCUACCAAGAGAGUCUAUCCUCCGCCGCCUCCUCAGGCUACAUUCAUGGCUGGAUUCCUCGCAGGCGGGCUGCAGAGCGUCCUGGCAGCGCCGUUGGACGCAUUGCAGGCACGCUAUGAUCAUCGUGACAUGAUGCCCAAUGACGGCAGCGGCCGGCCUCGAAGCAUGUGGACGUUUAGUGCCGAAAAGCUCAGAGAAAUUGGGCUUCGAGGCAUAUUUGCGGGAUGGGGGGUGUCGUUUGUAAAAGACAGCGUCGGAUGUGCAAUCUUUUUCAGCACAUUUGAGUAUAUCAAGGCGCAAUCAUACUAUCGCUUUGUAACGUGGUACUAUGGGGGUCUGGAGGAGGAUAUUGUAGAUCUUCUUGCGACAAAGCGUCCCACUGAUCGACCCAAAGAAGGCGGUAUUCAGCUUAUUCGACCCCAUUAUGCUAUAGAGCCCAUGUUUCUACUUGCUGCAGGCAUAAGCGCCUCUUUCGCCCAGCAGCUUCUUCUCCAUCCUCUCACGCAUUUCCAGGUCAAGCACUGGGACCAUUUAGAAGACCUGGACGCAAAGGCUGCCCGCCUACGCGCAUCUCGUGCCGCCAACCCUGAUCAACCGCAUCGAAGAUGGAAGAUGCUCCGAGCAUACUACCACGCAUACCAAGAGACUUGGGCGGUGUGUACAGCCGAGGCGUCAGCAGAAGGCCUGAAGCUGGGCAAGUGGCUAUAUCGAGGAUUCUGGUGGAAUACGAUUCGACAAGUACCGAGCACAAGUGCCGGGCUGAUCAUCUUUGAACUCAUACGACGCAAGUAUGGGUUCGGGAUGGAGGAGGUGCGGAUCACCAAGGAUGGAUACGACAUUUUGCUGCAUUAGAGAUCCAUCACACUUGUAAAGUUAUGCAUUAGAGUAUAUACUUCGUACAUCUCCCUCGGAUAGAUAGGUGAUAGAUCACUCUGCUCCGCUGAUACACGUAAAUAGUAACAUUUCAAUAUUUCGUAUUAAUGAUAAAAGAAGGAGCCUAAUUCUCCGUC